GUAGCAAUUAAAAAAAAAAAAGGAAACGAAACGAAGGGAAGCGGCGCGACGCGACGCGAAACGGGUUAACUGCCACAAUCCAUUUUGCCUAAUGCGUGGCUUAUUCAACCCACUUUCGGCUUGGUGAAUUAAUUUUAAUUUAGCUAAUUCGCCAGUUUGCUAAUAAACUUAUGCACUGUUUAUUCUUUUCCCUUUUUUUUUAAUUUUGCCCUUUUGCAAAAAUGUAUGCAACAUGUAUAGCUACUUGAGGAAACGUAGAAAUUAAAAAAACAUAACCCAAAAAAGGUUACGCGCGUCCGCAGUUUUACCCAUUUGCCGAAGAGAAAUGUAUGCCCGGGGCGCUCCCAAGGCACAAAAGAGAGAGAGAAAAAAAAAGGGCGCUAACUGAAUGAGCAUAGUCAAUACGUACUCAGAAUGUAUGCCCAACUGAACAGAAACAAAAAGAAGAAAAAAGAUAUCGACGAUGAAAAGUUAAAUGAGCAGGAAGCUGCGAAAAUUUACGCAGAGUUCGUCCGGUCGUUCGAGGGAAGCGCCCUGGAAAAAGGGAACAAAUUCGUAAAAAGUGGAAAAGUGUUGAACCCCUCCAGCACUCAGUUUGUGCCAGCUGAAGAUGAAAGCAGGAAAAAGUCCAAGAGCAAAUUCAGCAGGGGCGACUACUCGUAUGAAGAAAAAAAGAAGAAGGAAGAAAAAACAGACAACAACAAAAGUGGUACAGGGAAAGUAAAGGAAAUUGAUAGUUUUUUAGAAGAAAUUAAGUUAAAGCAGAAAAUUUUGGAUGAGAGGAAAAUUUUAAAAGAAAAAGCCCAGCUAGCCAAAUCUGAAGAGGAGAAACUUAAAAUUAAGAGAAAGCUAAUAGAGAUCGAAAAAAAUGAAACGCUCUUUUCGUACGCCCCGAAAAAGGACCGAGUGGCCAACUUGUACCUGGGAAAUUUAUCUGCGGAGGUCACCGAGGAGUACCUAUGCCAACGGUUUGGGAAAUUCGGAAAAGUAAACAGCGUGAAAAUUAUGUACCCACGAACAGAUGAAGAUAAAAAGAAGGCUCGAAUUAGCGGGUUCGUUUGUUUUGAAAAUAGAGAUGAUGCAGAAAAUGCCAGGGAUGCCUUGGACGGCGUAGAAAUGUUCGGAAAUAUUGUGAAGGUGGGUUGGAGUAAAGCCAUACCCAAAAAUUUAAACACAAACAAGUUUGAGCAUAACCAGUUUCACUAUGAAAAAAGUAACUUGUAUCAUUCUGGCUCGAAUAAAAAAAUAGAGAUUUUACUACCAGAGGAUAGGAAGACCAAGAGAAUAAUUGAUUUGUUAGCCAAGUACGUUACCGAGGAAGGGUACACAUUUGAAGAAGCUAUAAAAAGGAAUGAGAAGGACAAUCCGGUGUUUACCUUUCUCUUUAACACUUCGGAUUUGUUUUACUACUACAAGUGGAGAGUCUUUUCUUUCGCUCAAGGAGAUAGUUACAAAAAUUGGAGAGCGGACCCGUUUCAGAUGUUCGAAAAUAGUUACGUGUAUGUGCCACCCAUCCAGAAGAACGCCAAAAAGGUCGCUCCAAAGAAGGAGAAAAGCCGAAAUAAGAAGAACAAAAUAGACGAGAAAAAGAAGGAAAAGCUAAUUAACAUUAUAAACAACUUGAAUAGGAAGAGGGUGAGCAUAUGCCGCGCCAUGAUAUUCUGCACACGGCACAGCGACUUCAGCGCGGACAUUGUGAAGACCAUUUCGAAUUAUUUGACCGAUUUUAAGUACGACAUGUUGAAAAAGAUAAACCUGGUCUACUUGCUGUCGGACAUCCUGUACAACUGCAGCAACCAGUUUUACUCGUCCUGGUCCUACCGCAAGCACAUCGAAGAAGAGCUCCCUCGGAUAUUUUUCCAUUUUCGAAAAAAUAUCAAAAAGUGCGAUAGCAAAAUAAAGGCAAAAAUGUUCACAGAUUCUAUUAUGAACAUUUUUGACAUGUGGGAUGUGUGGGCAAUUUAUAGCUCCAUCUUUAUGAACGGUUUGAAGUGUCUGCUAACAAAUAAGAAGCUAAAUUAUGUAAAAAAUGAAAUUCACGAGUCGGGCUGUGAGACCGACUUGGAUGGAACAAAAAUUGAAUUUUUCGAUGAAAUAAAAAGGUAUCCCUUAAAUAUGAGGAGAAAUGCAUAUUUAUAUUUCCAAAAAGAGGAAACGCAUUUAAAUCGAUUAUGUGAACAAAGGGGUUUGUAUUUUGACGACAGUUUCAAAAGAAGGAAAAAAAUUAAAUAUUUAAUACUGUAUGAUGAAUUUUGCAGUAACGUUAAUAGUGCGCCAAACGAGAUGGGAAAUUUAAACGUGAUGUUCCCCGGUGAUGGCAAAAAGGUUCCUGCGUUUGUCAGCGAUACGAGCGAUGCUGCCUUCCACGCAGAGGAGAGGGGUUCCAAUCAUGUCUCUUGAAAGGGCAGCAGUGAGUGGCAUCGCUGGAACGGUUUACUUUUUUACAUUACACAGUUAAUACGAUGCGCAUCAUUUGCGUAGUAAAAGUUUGUAGGCACACACGAAGGCCGUACGGCACGUUUUUUUGGCAUUUUUUUAAUAUUUUUUUUACGUUUCUGCGUUUAUCUGUCAUGUGUUCACGUAGGUAUGCACAUGUCCGAACGUAUGCGUAGCCAAUAUACGUGUUUCAUGUUCCCUUCGUGUGUACCCUCACACGUGCGUUUAAUGUUUAGACCAAUUUAGCAAUACGUGUGGCCAAAUUCGUUUUGCAAAGUUUACCCUUUUUUUUUUAACCUUCUGCGCAUAAUUGUGCUUGCGCAGUUUCUUUCACUUUCCAUUUCUUUUGUUUAUCCUUUUUCGCACAAAAAGAUAAAGCUGUUUUGGUUAAGUAAAAACGUACCAUUUAACAUUUGAAUAACAGUCGAAAAGGACGUUAUUUUUUUUCUGCUACGCGAUUGCGCGAAAAGGGAAAAUGUGUUUAUGGGAGAUGAGCAACUGUUGCAACAUUAUUCAUUCAGUAAAGAUGAAGAGCCACUUUGGCGAUAUAUAAAUGUGAUACGGUUUGAAUAAAAAAAUUACGGCGUGAUAUUUAUGGCUUCUUUCUUUUUGCCAUGCUGGGAAUAUAGCGCCACAAAAAUGUACGUUUUUUUUACUUGAGCGGAAAGUUGAAAAAUGAUUUUUUGAGCAGAUUAUGUUUACCGCGCGCAGUAUGAUCCUUUCACCUUCUAUGGAUUUCACCAUUGGUGCGUGUUUUAAGGGGCCUAGCGG